UUGAUGGCAGCGGCAGCUGGGACUGCAGCGACGUCGGGCCCCGGAGAGCCGCAAGCAGCGGCCCGAGCGCGCAGAGGAACACCCGGGCCCCAGACGCCGCGGACACCCGGAGAGGCAGUUCCGGCGCCCUGACUCCCUCGGCCCCCAGCGCACCCCUAAACCCCUCCGCAGAGGAGUCGCAGCGUGAGCGCCCCUCGGCCCACUCAGGACCAGUUCACAGGACUAAGGACCAAAGGCAUUCCCGGAACUGAGAUCCUCCAUUUCUACCCACAGCCAUGAGCCGGCGUGUGGUUCGGCAGAGCAAGUUCCGCCAUGUGUUUGGGCAGGCGGCAAAGGCUGACCAAUCCUACGAGGAUAUCCGUGUGUCCAAGGUCACAUGGGACAGCUCCUUCUGUGCCGUCAACCCCAAAUUCCUGGCCAUUAUUGUGGAGGCGGGAGGUGGAGGUGCCUUCAUUGUCCUGCCUCUGGCCAAGACAGGACGAGUGGAUAAGAACUACCCGCUGGUCACCGGGCACACUGCCCCUGUGCUGGACAUCGAUUGGUGCCCACACAAUGACAACGUCAUUGCCAGUGCCUCAGAUGACACCACAGUCAUGGUGUGGCAGGUUCCAGACUACACCCCAGUGCGCAACAUUACGGAACCCAUCAUUACACUUGAGGGACACUCCAAACGUGUGGGCAUCCUCUCCUGGCACCCCACGGCCCGGAAUGUCCUGCUCAGUGCAGGUGGUGACAAUGUGAUCAUCAUCUGGAAUGUGGGCACGGGGGAGGUGCUCCUGAGUCUAGACGACAUGCACCCAGAUGUCAUCCACAGCGUGUGCUGGAACAGCAAUGGCAGCCUGCUAGCCACCACCUGCAAGGACAAGACCCUGCGCAUUAUCGACCCCCGCAAGGGCCAGGUGGUGGCGGAGAGGUUUGCGGCCCACGAGGGAAUGAGGCCCAUGCGGGCCGUCUUCACGCGCCAGGGUCAUAUCUUCACCACAGGCUUCACCCGCAUGAGCCAGCGAGAGCUGGGCCUGUGGGACCCGAACAACUUUGAGGAGCCAGUAGCGCUGCAGGAGAUGGACACAAGCAAUGGGGUCCUACUGCCCUUCUACGACCCCGACUCCAGCAUCAUCUACCUAUGCGGCAAGGGCGACAGCAGCAUUCGGUACUUUGAGAUUACCGACGAACCACCUUUCGUGCAUUACCUGAACACGUUCAGCAGCAAGGAGCCUCAGAGGGGCAUGGGUUUCAUGCCCAAGCGAGGGCUGGACGUCAGCAAGUGUGAGAUCGCCCGGUUCUACAAGUUGCACGAAAGAAAAUGUGAGCCCAUCAUCAUGACUGUGCCCCGCAAGUCAGACCUGUUUCAGGACGACCUGUACCCAGAUACUCCGGGCCCCGAGCCGGCCCUAGAAGCGGACGAAUGGCUAUCCGGCCAGGACGCCGAACCCGUGCUCAUCUCUCUGAGGGACGGUUACGUGCCUCCCAAGCACCGCGAGCUCCGGGUCACCAAGCGCAAUAUACUGGACGUGCGUCCUCCCUCCGGUCCCCGCCGCAGCCAGUCGGCCAGUGACGCCCCCUUGUCGCAGCACACUCUGGAGACGCUGCUGGAUGAGAUCAGGGCCCUUCGCGAGCAGGUGCAGGCUCAGGAGCAGCGCAUCACGGCUCUGGAGAACAUGCUGUGCGAGCUGGUGGACGGCACGGACUAGCGCGGCGCGCUGGGGGCAGCUCCGAGCCUGGGGAGCAAAGCCGGGCGGGGAGCAGGACUCGGCCCCGCCCCGGCUUUCUGUCCGGAACCCCGGACCCCGCUCUUAUGGGCGGGGUCCGGGGGCUGGACUGGAAAGGGAACUCUAUCCCCUCGCGGGAGUCCCGGACAAACGGAGCGUCGCCGAGACUCUCGUCUGCCUGGCACCCGCCUGGCUACGUGCCUCGCCCGGGACUCAGCAGGAGCUGGCCUUGGGAGGCCCGGGGUGACGGGGACCUCAGUAACGGUGCUGCACGGCGAGGCGGUGUCCCUUCUGUCUCCCGCCUAGGGCAGGGGAAGUGCUUAGUAUUAGCGCUAUUCUUGGGGAUAUCGGGGAGCUUGGGCUUGACCUCAAAGGGGUAGCCGUGCAACGGGUCUCGCCAGACCAAAUGGGGAAAGUUAUAACGCUUCUCCCUCUAAUUGGCUCACUUGAUGCCACUACCCGAAGUGGUAAAACGGAUGGGCGCCACCCCAGAUCUACAGACAUACACAACCCAUUGGCCGCAGGGCCGAACCCACCAGUUACACCCAGCAGUCUGUGGCAGAGGGCUGUCUUCCUUCUUUUCACCCGCAGGGGAGAGGGCGGCUUCCGCACUGCA